AUGGAUGUUACAAGUGCUUUCUUGCACAGUGAGCUCGAUGAGGAGAUAUACAUGAGCCUUCCUCAGGGUUACACACCUUCUUCCGGCACAUUACCACCUAAUGCAGUCUGCAAACUCAACAAAUCUAUCUACGGUUUGAAGCAGGCCUCUCGACAGUGGUAUCGUUGUUUUACAAAAGCUUUGCUGGAUGAUGGGUUUUCACAAUCGUAUGCUGACAAUACUUUGUUUGUCAAAGAAGAAGGUACUUCUUACAUUGCUCUUAUUGUCUAUGUGGAUGACAUUCUGAUUGCGAGUAACAGUGAUGAGGUUGUUGCUUCAGUCAAAGCUUGCCUUGCAAAACAGUUUAAGACAAAGGGUUUAGGACCGGCAAAAUUUUUUCUAGGCUUAGAGAUUGCUCGAAAUACUGAUGGAAUCUCGGUUUGUCAGCGAAAAUACUGCUUAGACUUAUUGGCAGAUUCUGGUUUGUUGGGUUGCAAACCUAACUCUGUUCCUAUGGAUCCCAAGAUAGAGCUUACCAAAGAAACAGGUGUCCUAUUAUCUGAUGACCGGCCUUACAGAGAAUUGAUUGGCAGACUGCUAUACUUGUGCAUCACCAGACCUGAUAUCACCUUUGCGGCUGCUCGCAACAUCCUCAAUUACUUGAAGAAUAAUCCAGGCCAGGGACUUUUCUACUCUGCGUCUUCUGAGAUUUGUCUCAAUGGUUUUGCAGAUGCAGAUUGGGAGACGUGCAAAGACACACGACGAUCUAUCUCUGGUAUGUGCAUCUUUCUUGGCACUUCGUUGAUCUCUUGGAAAUCGAAGAAGCAGGAUAUCGUGAGUUCCAGUAGCACUGAAGCAGAGUAUCUAAGCAUGGCUCAAACCACCAAAGAGCUCCUCUGGUUUCGGCAGAUACUCCAGGAUUUACGCAUCACACCUGUUUCACAGGCUAAAUUGUUCUGCGACAAUAAAUCAGCUCUUCACAUAGCGAACAAUGAUGUCUUCCACGAGAGAAUAAAGCACGUGGAAAUUGACUGCUAUACAACGCAUGAUCAGGUUAAAAACGAUUUUCUCAAACUUUUCCAUUUAUCCUCGGAGAACCAACUAGCUGACAUCCUUACGAAACCGCUACAUCGUGGACCAUUCCAUCAUCUGCUUCAAAGAAUGUCUGUUUCAAGCCUUUAUUCACCACAAGAAUUAUCGGCUUGA